AUGUCACUCUCGACUAAGCUGACGCAGCUCUUGGGCAUUGCACAUCCUAUCGUGUGCGGUCCCAUGGCCAACGCUUCAGGAGGAUCGUUGGCAGCCGCAACGACGUUAGGAGGCGGCCUGGGUUUCAUCGGGGCAGGCUAUUACGACGCCAAGAAGAUGGGAGAAGAGUUCAGGGUAGCACUGGACGCCUUCAAGGGUGAGGAUGUCAAGAAUGCCUUUUCAUCCGUGGACGAUUCUCGAGUGAAUAUCGGCGUUGGAUUUCUAGCUUGGAGAUUGUCUCACGUUCAUUCGGGCGGCAAAGGGGGCGUCAAGCCGAGAUCCUCGGACGAAGUUCUCAAGACUUCCAUCCAUUCCGAAGCUGGAAGUAAUAGUCCAGUCAUCUCUCUGCUCGACGCUGCUCUCAAGCCCAAACCCAUUGCCGUCUGGCUGAGUUUUGGUGAUGCUGAUGAGAUGCGUGUGUGGACCGAGGUGAUCAGAAAGAGGGAUGCGGAGCUGAACGGACAUGGCGACGGCUUGAAGGUGUUCAUUGGCAUCGGCAGCGAGCAAGAGACCAAAGCUGCGGUGGAGGACUGUGGCGCGGAUGUGCUGGUAGCGCAAGGUGAGUCGGGGACAAUCGAGCGCGCAAGGUGGGCAGGGCGAAAGGUACCACGGUAGAUUCGCAUCAUCGUGCUCGGCAGCCCUCUUGACUGACUGCUGAUCUGCGCUGCUUGCUCGCCAUAGGCUGCGAAGCUGGUGGGCACGGACUGGGCUCCUCACCACCACUGCAUGCUCAACUGCCUCGCAUCGCCGCUCUCCUGCCAACUCUCACUCCGGGCAACAGUCGGGGAGAAGUGCCGCCGUUGCUGGGCGCAGGCGGCUUGUCCGAUGGUCCAUCCCUCGCUUCCAUCCUAGCCCUGGGAGCGGAUGGAGGAGUGUUGGGUACGCGCCUCUUGCUGACGCCCGAAGCGGCCUACUCUGACGCGCAAAAGCAAGUGCUGUUAAAGGCUUCUUCGACCGAGACGAAGCGGACGAUGGCCUUCGACGAGGCGCGCGGUACACUCGGUUGGCCCAAAGGUGUGGAUGGGAGGGGUGUGAUCAACGCCACGGUGCAAGCUUACGAAUCUCAAGAGGGUGACGCCGAGUCUAGAAGGAGACGAUACAAGCAAGCGGAAGGCGAGGGCGAUGAGAAGAGGAUCGUCACGUGGGCUGGAACGGGAGUGGGAAACAUGAACGUGAUCAAGCCCGCUCGAGAGGUCAUUCAAGAGGUGGGCAAUGAUGCCGUCAAGACCAUCGAGGCGCUCAGUCAGACCCUCAAGCGGUAG